AUGUCAUUUCCAUAUUUGUCAACUCCUCAAACGUACAUCACACUCCUCUCUCCCACUUUGCCAUUCUUAAUUUGUUCUUCUCUUUAGGGUUUUUCAUCUCGAUUACAUCACACAUGGCCGGAAUGAAACUGUUGCCGGAGGAUUCCGACGUCACGCAGGUCCGACCAACGGCAGCAGCCGACCUGAUUUCCGACGACGACCGCUCGGUGGCGGCCGAUUCGUGGUCCAUAAAGAGCGAAUACGGAAGUACUCUCGAUGAUGAGCAGCGCCACGCUGAUGCUACUGAAGCUCUUAAUUAUCGAGCCGAUUACAGUUCUGACAAGGAUGAGCAGGAAGGUGAAGGAGUUUCAUCAAUGCUUGGUUUCCAAAGCUAUUGGGAUGCUGCUUACGCGGAUGAAUUGGCAAACUUUCGUGAGCAUGGCCACACUGGUGAAGUUUGGUUUGGGGGUGAUGUCAUGGAAAAUGUUGUCUCCUGGACCAAAGGUUUGUGCAUGGAAAUUUGCAAGAGUCAUUUUCCAAACCACGUAGCUGAUGCCAAUUCUGAGCCUGUCGGGCAGCGUGAGAAGGACAUGUCAGGUUGGAGUGUGCUUGAUAUUGGGACUGGCAAUGGUCUGCUUCUCCAAGAGCUUGCUAAACAAGGGUUCUCUGAUCUCACUGGAACCGACUAUAGUGAAGGAGCAGUUGAUCUUGCAAGAAGCCUUGCUGAUCGUGAUGGUUUUACCAAUGUCAAGUUCUUGGUUGAUGACAUUCUUGAGACAAAAUUGGAUAAAAAGUUUCUGCUAGUUGUGGAUAAGGGGACGUUAGAUGCCAUUGGAUUGCAUCCUGACGGUCCUAUCAAAAGGAUUAUCUACUGGGACUCUGUUUCAAGGCUUACCGCUCCUGGUGGAUUAUUGGUAAUUACAUCAUGUAACAGUACAAAAGAUGAAUUGGUAGAAGAAGUGGAUACACUCAAUCAAAGAAGGGUUGCUUGUCAAGAACCAGGAGCAGUUGAAGGCCAAGAAGCUUCAGUAGAUCCUCCUCCUUUCCGCUAUCUUGAUCACAUUCGCACAUAUCCUACAUUCACAUUUGGAGGAUCAGUAGGCUCGCGUGUAGCAACUGUAGCAUUCCUGAGGAACUGAAUUAUUACUUUCUCAUCAUUUGGGGUGCAUUACUGCACUUUUUUGUUCCAAAAGUUUUUGUGUAACGUCGUGCAACCGUGGAGGAUUGCUUUGGGAAGACAAGUUCUGAUUUAUGCAAAGGUGAAGAUUAAUUGAUCUAGUUUCUGUACAGGGUAAUGUCAGUGCUAUGUUAACAGUGUUGAUCAUCAGAUGACCCGUGUUAGAUGGAAAUAUUGCUUCUUAAGUCAAUGUAAUGUCAUUGGGAUUUGUGUGUCGGAA